CAAUGCUUGCGCGAUUUCUCCCUAAUGGCGAUCACACACUUUUGGCUGUCGUUUCUUCUUUUUCCUGCAUUUCUGGUCCAAAACGGUAGUUUUACUCUAGUUGUUAACAUUAAAUCAAAGGAUGGUGAGAUAGUGCAGCAGACUUUUUCCGCAGAUCCCGAAAAAGACUUCGUUACCAUCGAUUACAAAAGUAACGAGAACAGGUUCGUUUCAGUGUACAUCGACUUCCGUCAGGUAUGUGUCAAAGCUUCCCUUUUAAAGAUAUUUUUUUAAGCUCUAUAUACAAUAUCAUUGUUCAUUAGAAACAAAGAAUGAUAGAAUUUUUAAAAUCAUUUCUACUGUGUUGUACACAACGAUUCAUAAAGCAUAUUUAUGGGGCCUCUUUCUUUCCGAUCUGUUCUUUCGGCAUGAAACGUUUAUAGGUUCGUAAAGUUUAUUGACUUUAGUGGGACUGAAAAUUGUCGAAUUGCUUCAAACCAAUCUGCCGAUGGCUGUGAUUUUCAUUUUGUGUGCUCUUGAGAUUUUAGACUUAAGUUAAUGAGAGGAAAGAUAAUUGUUUGGUUAUUCUUCAGUUUGGAGAGUUCUUUUGUUAAUUGACAUAAUAGUUUUGUGAAUUCUUACCUGAAUUUAUGAUAUCCAUGGAGACAUUAUAGACAUCUUUACAGGGAGCAUGUAGAGCAUGUCUUACUGAUUUCUCCAAAAAAGGAAGAAAGAAACUCCAACAAAUAAAAUUAGACUGUCUCAACCACGUGAAUACUGUUCAUAUUUUUGAAAUUAUUUUUCUCAUAGAAACGAAAGAUAUUUCAAGUUAUUGUCCUUGGAGAAAUGGAUAAAGCAGAGAGUUCUUAUGAAGCCAUGUGCUUUGUAGCUGAACUCAAAGAAGAAGAAUUCAUAUCAUCAGAUGCUAUGUCAAAACUCAGACAGGUCAGUUCCUGAAAAAUCAUUGCAUUCCAUGACUCAGGGGUUAGUUUGUCCUGGCUGUAUUGUUGUAGCUGGAAUACAUACAUGAAAUAUGGGAGAUAAAGGGGCCUGAAGUAUUGGCUGGUGCACUGAUCUCUGCCUUGGAACUUCUGGUUUUAGGCAGUGGCCAGGUCUCUGAGUUUUGGUCCUUGGCAUAGCACUUAAACUGUGGUUAGGAUACAGCAGCAUGAUUUUAACCCCUUUUCCAUUGGAGUGACUAGCUUCUAAUAUCUCCUCACAGUAUUUGACCCCUAAUCACACAUCAACAACAACAACAACAACAUACUUUAUUGACUUUCCCCAAGGGGGCUUUUCAAAGACGAGAAUACAAGAAAUGAUCAUCAAUUUAACAAGCUCUUGAUCAUUAAACCAGUUCUCCUUGUCGGCCCCUUAGGAAAUGUAUGGAGAACAUUGUAGAGAAUGUGCAUACUGAUAUUAGGGUGUAAAGAGCUAUUUUCACUGACUCUCUUCAGAAAGGUUCUCUCAAACCUUGAAAGAAUCAGACAUUUAUCUGAAGUGUUACACGAUUCCAAGAAUUGUUUUAGGUUUUCUUGAGUAGUAAAUGAGAUUUGUGACCAUUGGAAUUUUAAUACUUAUUGGGUAUUUACUGGUCUGUUAAAGUCUGUGUGUAGCAGCCAGGCAUUUACCCUUGAAAAAUACUUCUCUCUCAGUGCCUUUCUUCUCCUGAGAGUAAAAAUGACUUUUGGGAAACUUUUAGGGAGGGUAACAUUGCAAUGGACUUAAGUAUGGCUGGGAAAUUAGGAACAAUCCAUGCUGUUUUUAAUGCAACUGAAAUGUGUAAGAACUGACUGGAUAGGCUGACUGCCAUCUGAGCCCUAAUGAGUUCCAUUUUUUUAAUUAAAAACUUCACUUUGAAAUUUUUUUUUUUAGAAAAACCCAAGUACAAUCAGGGUUCCUGAAGAGGAUGUUGCCAGUGAAUCUCACAUCAUGGAUCAUGUGGUUUUUCUGAAUGCAAAUGUAACAGAAGGAACCAUGGAUUGGCUCUGCAAAGAUGCUGGAAAAGUGCUCUUUAGUGGAACUAACACAAAACUUCUGUUAUUAGGUAUGUGGUGAAAGGUUCAAGUCUGCUCUUGUCAUAAACUCAUGACAUAUUUCUUGAACCUCAUUUCAGAGUAGUAUGGGCUAUAGAAAAACUAAUUUUGAGAGCUCCUUCUUUGCCCAGAAGUAAUUGAUGUUAAACUUCUCUUCAAACUGUCAGUACAGAAUAAUACAGAAAAGGCUAACUUUUGAGGUAGAAUACAAUUUUUUUAUAUUCCACAAAACUCCAUGAGAAUAAUUUACAGAGGAAGUGAAACACAGCUAUAAGUGGGACUUUCUAAAUGAAUCUGAUCUAUAAGGGCGAAUGGUUAUUUAACAGCAAAAUGAUCUAUUUACCAAUUAGAUAAUGAACUUUAGAUCUCUAUUAUAAGGUAGUUAAUAAAGGGUGUUAGUUUCUAUCAAAACUGUGGUGCUGCAUCAGUGGGGGGGGGGGGUUGGGCAGGACAAUUUGGUUUUUAAGUAAAUUGGCCUUUGCAAAGAGUUUCUAAAGCUGAUGUUUUGAGCCUAUGCCCUUCACCAGAGUCUUUCCCAUUCAUUCUGACAAAGGAUUAAUGCUUGAAACUUCAACUUUAGAAACUGUUUGUGAUGGCCAAUUUAUAUUAUCAACUCAUUCGUUAACCUUAUAACUCCCAGGUCAAAUUUAUAAUAAUUCUCUUUACAGUCAACCAUACAAUUCUUAUAAUGUUAGUUCAGAGAAUUUAGUAUUGGAUCAACUAAUUAUCUGCAAAUUGAUAUUUUUCUUAAUUCUCAUCACUUAUCUGGUUGAUAUUGUAUUGAUAUGGUAGGGAGAAAUUCUGUCUCGGUCACUCAUGGGAGUUAAAGGGUUAAAAGCAAAUUAUCUUACAUACAAUCAAAUUUUUUUUAAAUUUGAAUCUACUAGUUGCUCAAAACUGAACUAGAAGGAGGGCUCACAGUUUUCUUUUCUUUUCUUUUACAAUCCUUUACUGGUAGGAUACUCACAUAAACUAUUAUCAUUAUCUUUGAAUAGGAAAUUCAACCCGAGAAGAUCUUGAUAAACUUGAGUUGGCAUCACAAGAUCAAACUGGCUUUUCAAAGGUGCUAAAGCCAUGUAAAAAUACACCAGAACUGAGUGCAGAGUGCAUCUGUAGAGUUGAAGUAUGUCUAAGUUGGUAUCCCUGUCACUUGAAACUCUGUCAGGGGGAAGAUGACAAUGGACAACUAACAGAAUACCGUUGUGGAAUCAAAACUUGUGGAAAAUGCUAUGAAUUUGACUUUUAUGUUGGGGAAAGGCGACAAUGCUUUUGGGAUACAAAUUAAUUAUAAUUUUAUCUUUUACAAUAGAUAAAUCAGUGUAAAAUAAUAUUGUUAGUUGUGUAUAUUGAAGUGUUAACACUUGAAAGUGUGUUUUGUAAAUGUAUUUAUAAAUCCAAGCUUGGAAUUUUCAAAGAAUCAAUGACUCAGAAUUUUCCUUUACAGUAGGACCAGAUCCCUUACUGACCAUUCAGAUAGGAUAAAGGAAACAUUUAUAAACAACAACUUGGCAAAUUUGCAAUCUCUCUUUUUGCUCAGCAAGCAAAGCAGGCUAUGAGAUACUGGCAGAGUGACUUUUGUUCAAACAUGCAAGAUAUUUGAGCAGAUACAAGAGGAAGGUUUUCCCAGUCUCUUACAGUUUGUUUCCCUUACAGUUGGUGCACCCUGCAUGUCUCUAGGCAAUAAAGUGCCAGUUUCCUUUGCGAAGGGAGCAGGGGGUGCUAAAAUACACCUGUCAAGUCUGCCUGUAUUUCAAAUAGGAUGCUCUGGAUCGGGAUUACUGAUCCCCUUGGGGGUAGGUUAGGCAAAUCACUGGCUCUCAUUAGCACUGGGUUAUAAGUUACCAAGCUACAAGAGAUUGGCUUGCAAGCUAAUAAAUUUGUUCCAGGCCCCUCACCUGCUUUUCUCAUGCAAACUGGCUAUUUGUCUGCUGUUGCAAUGAAAGCUGACUCACUGGCCUCCUGUCUUUUACAUGGUUGAAGCCAUGUGAAAACCAGGUUGAACAGUAAUUAUGGCAUAGCAAUCAAUGAAUUCCAAUUCAUGGUUAAACUUUCUUGAUUUCUUGGUUUGACAACUGUAUGGUCUUUGAGUGGGAAUGUUGGUCACUGUAAAGGUUACUUAUAACAAAAAAAAAGUUUAUUUAAUUUUAAUACUCUAAUGGUUUUAAUUGUCUUAAUUUAUUAAUUUGUAAAACUUGUUUUGCAUUUUGGGGCCUUAUUAGCUCACUAAACAGUUGGAAUGUGUAAUUGGAAUACAUUUGUUGUGAACAGAAGACAUUUUCUACUUUUUCUGUUAAAUUUAUCAUAGGAUUACAUUAGAAAAGUGGGCAUACUCAAAGUUUAAAUUGAAGAUGGUUUUAAGCUUAAAAAAAAAAGUCUUCACCACAAAUAUUCCGUGUGCAGAGUAUUACUUAAACGUACACUUACCAGUUGGUGUGUUUAACUUAAUGUUUGGCUAAUCCAACAUAACAAUUUCUGAAAAGCUAGACCUUUCAUACCAAACACUUCAAACUUUUUCAUCACCUAGUUGCCUCCCCACAACUUAAAAAUUCAGCUGAAUGGUUUCAUUUUAAUUUGUCUUCAGGUCAUUUCAUUUCUAAGAGCGAUAAACUUAUAAUUUCUCCCCACAGUAUUACCCCUAAAUCAAACAUAAAGGUCACGGGAAUAAAGGAAAUGAUCAAGAAACUCAAUGAGCUCUUGAUUGUAAGACAAAUUCUCCUUGUCUGUACCCUUAGAAAUGUUUGGAGAACAGUAUAGGGAACUUGGAUACUGAUCUUAGGGUGUAAAGGGUUAAGGGUAUAAACAGGGUAAUCCCAACCACACUUUUUUUACAUCCUCUGUAUUUCCUUUAGACAAUAAAUAUUUACAUAUUUUUUGUGAGAAGCUUAUCUAAACAUUUAAUCUCUAC